AUGGGCGCGACCAAGAAGCUCCGAGUGCUGUGUAUGCACGGCUACCGCACCAAUGCCAAGAUCAUGGAGGACCAGACGCGGGGACUGCGCAAGGCUCUAGCGCCUCACGCUGAGUUCGUGUUCCUGAAUGGGCCCAUCGAGGCCCGCGGACCCUCGGACGACGUCAUCGAGAAGCUCUACGCCGAGCACAAGCCCUUCUGCGAGUGGGGUAGCUUCAAGGAGCGCGAGAGGCCACACAGACUCGACCCGGAGACGCAGGAGAUCGAGUACUUGGACAAGGGCUGGUACCACGACUACGUGGACUGGGAGACCACGGUCAAGUACAUGGACGAACAGCUUCCCAAGCUCGGGCCGAUCGACGCGGUCGUGGGCUUCUCGCAGGGCGCGCAGACCAUGACGGCGCUCACGAUGUGGUACCUACAUCACCACAACAAGCGCUGGUGGAACUGCUGUGUGAGCGUCUGCGGCCCUCGAGUGCGCGGAGCUGCACUGCGCCCGCUGUUCGAAAACCCGGAUGGGACGCCUCGGUUGGUAUCGAUGCCGUCGAUCCACAUUGUAGGCAAGACCGAUAAGUGGAAAAGCGGUUGCUAUGAAAUGGUGGGCAUGUACGAGGACCACCCGGAGGGGGCAGCACGCGAUAAGUUCGUGUUCGAGCACGAUACGGGUCACCGCUUCCCGACUGGGGAGCGACACGAACAGCUCUACGAGGACGUCGCCCGCAUUAUCCGUCUGCAUUGCGAGGGACCUGCUAGACUGAGAGCAGAAAAAUAUACGUAA